UUGGAGUACAGAGCCUCGUCGAGAGGCAGAACCGAGCAAUACGCGAAUAAUAUCGUUUUUAUUAUUAUUAUUUGGAUUAAGUCUGUUUACUCGACGUCCUGAAAGAUUCACUUUGGACUGUAGCGCUGACAGAAGGGAAAUAAUUGAAAGGAACACAAGUUUGCUGCAGAUUUUUUUUAACCUGGAUUUAACUGGGUUUGGCUAGUUUGGCUAGCCGGCCUAGCGUUCACCUCUUUCUAGAAAGUCUCGUUAGCGUUUCUUGCUAGUUGGCUCCUGACAGGCUGUCAUUCGUUGGCUGUGCUUUAUGUUGAGUUGUUACAUUUAUCGGACCUCGCCGAAAAGUAAAGUGAGGCUGAGCAAGCGGUGAAAUCUGACCCCUCCCCGCUUGUCUGUGGCUACCCGGCUAGCUUACAUUAGCUAGCUGUAAAAAAAAAAAAAAAUAGCUUGGUAAGGAAAGCCUGAGCGUGGGUGGUUUCUCUUACAAGCCCAUCGUACAACGUAGCUACCUCUGAUUUUACAAACUUCCUCUGAGUUUGUAAAGAAAUAAAACUGCUUUAGUUUAUACACUGACGAGAGAAAAGGAAAAGCGUAAGCUAACCUACCAUCUGUGAGCAAAGAUAACACCCGUUUACCAGCUAGUUCUCAGCACUUGUAAGGGCUUUAAUAAAAACAGGUGGUUGCAUUUUUGUUGCACCAUAGUUUGUAUUUUUUAAAUAUUUACAAUUUUGUCAUGCUUGAGUAAAUUCUAAAAUACUUACACACAAACGCAAUCAAGGGGUGAUCUAUUGGUCUUAAAAAUUCAACCUGUAAGUCAUUAAGUAAUCUUUAAUCAGGUACCAAGUUGUAACCGGUGAUAUUUUUGACACAACCAAAAGUUAGAUUAUUGGUACAAACUGUUUGAUUCUUAGACUUGAUUUGUGUAAACUAGUUUUACAAUUACAGUGACAGUUUUCUACUUGUCUGCUUAAUUCCCUCCUGUCAUAGGGACAACUUUUCCACCUACUUCAGGGAACCAAAUUGCAACCUUGCUGAACUUAAUUCUUUGCUUGCUUACUUGUCAGCAAGCAUUUUUAAUGCUACAACUUGUUCACUUCAUGGACUGAUCAGGAAGAAAAAGUAUAUUUAUAUUUUUGUAACCACAGUCCAGAGCUCUAAAAAUCUAUAGUUUGAUAGCAGUAGCUCUUUGAUUCAGCCAUGAGUAUUGAAAUUCCAGUAGGUCUGACUGAGCUACUUCAAGGCUACACAGUGGAGGUGCUGCGCCAAAGGCCUCCAGACCUGGUAGAGUUUGCUGUGCAGUAUUUUACACGUCUACGGGACACCAGAAGUCAGGAUGGAUCGGGGGCUCCAGCAAAGUCUGGCAGCAAAGGGGUAAUGUUCGAUGGAGAGCCCAUGCAGACAGAGUCCAAUGGCGAGGACGACGACGAUGAUGACUCGGACUUUGAGCCCCCUCCCCCCAGCAGAUUUAACCGGAGAGUGUCGGUGUGUGCGGAGGCCUUUAAUCCAGAUGACGAUGACGAAGACUCUGAGCCAAGAGUUGUUCAUCCAAAGACUGAUGAGCAAAGGUGCAGAUUACAGGAAGCCUGCAAAGACAUACUGCUGUUUAAAGCUCUCGACCAGGAGCAGUUUUCACAAGUGCUAGAUGCCAUGUUUGAAGUGCUUGUGCAGCCAGAUGAGCAUGUAAUCGACCAGGGCGAUGACGGCGAUAAUUUCUAUGUUAUUGAAAGGGGAGUCUAUGAUAUUGUAGUGCAGAAGGAUGGCGUGGGCUGCUGUGUUGGGCAGUAUAAUAACAAGGGCAGCUUUGGAGAGCUAGCGCUCAUGUACAACACACCCAGGGCUGCAACCAUCAUUGCCAAACAGGAGGGAGCACUUUGGGGACUGGACCGAGCAACAUUCCGUAGGCUCGUUGUGAAGAACAAUGCCAAGAAGAGGAGGAUGUACGAGACGUUCAUUGAGUCUGUGCCCCUACUCAAAUCUCUAGAGUUAUCAGAGAGGAUGAAGAUUGUUGAUGUUUUGGGAGUGAAGACUUUCCAGGGUGGAGAAAGAAUCAUUAUGCAGGGCGAUAAAGCAGACUGCUUUUACGUUGUUGAGUCUGGGGAAGUGAAGAUAAUGAUGAAGAGCAAAACAAAAGCAGACAGACAGGACAAUGCUGAGGUGGAAAUUGCUUGCUGCACUAGAGGACAGUACUUCGGAGAGCUUGCUCUUGUCACCAACAAACCACGGGCUGCAUCAGCUUAUGCCAUUGGGGAUGUAAAGUGCUUGGUGAUUGAUGUGCAGGCGUUUGAGCGUUUGCUGGGCCCUUGUAUGGAAAUCAUGAAGAGGAACAUUUCUCACUACGAAGAGCAACUAGUGGCUCUUUUUGGCUCCAGCAUGGAUCUCAGAGACUAAGAGAGACUGGCCGUGCCUUACACACCACACACACAUCCACACACCACAUGCACUUCCACACGACACUUAAAUCAUCUAAUUCAUAGAGUUUAUGUACACUCGAUUUUGUAGGCACACACUCCUUUUUAUGCUCAAUUCUCACUCCAGAGGAGACACACUGAAUUUUCUCUCUGUCCUUUUUUCUCUCUGACCCACACACUUGCACAUCUGCAGUCUAUAAUGAAAGCAUUACCCGUCCUCCAGCUGUGACUUCCACCAACCACAGUCUGGCAAGGAUGGAUUUACAUGUGAAUACCAAAAGCACACUCAUGCUCUUGCUCACGCUUUAACAUACACACACCCCACACAAUAUGACAAACCCAGCCAAGGACCCAUUCCUUCCAGUGGACACACUUACAUGAAAAAGACUUUUCAGGACAAAAACUAUUUGGAGGUUAAAAAUACAACAACAAAAAAGAAGAAAAUGUCUAACAGAGAAGUUUUAGAAGCAUUUUAUGACCCUGCAAAGCUUUGAUUAACACUUAUUAAAAAACAAAAAAAAAAGACUUGUUUUCUUUCUGCUGUUGGUGCGUUAAGUUAGUGCUGGUGGUAUCCACGGUGACCAAUGUUAGGUCCUCAUCUUGCAGACACAAACUCCACGUUGUAUUGAUUAUUGUAUUAUUAUUGUUAUUAUUACUAUUAUUAUUACAAUAUUUACUUUUGUUUUACUUCGUCUCUGUUGGAGGAUGUGAGGCAGAAUCUAGUGCUUAUUUCUUCUCUUGGUCAUUCUGGAUUGUUCUGAAGAUUAAAUAAAGCAAACAUUUUGGUA